AUGACAUCUCGACAUUCCUGGGCCUUUCCAGGCAUGGAGUACUUCCGGCCAGGAGACGGCAAGACUCAGACGAGCAACACCCAACGAGCCGGCAAUGAAGCCAGCACAGAAUCCUCCACCCCGAGACCCUCCAGGUCGCCAUCGACACGGUCGAGCUCACAUGACACCAAAUCUCGACGGCUGUCACGACACCUGGAUUAUGACGACGCCUCUGAGACAUCCGGUGUCUCGAUGAGCUCGACCAAGGCGUCGACUGGAAGUUCUCCACCAUCGUCAACCAGCAACGGCUCUUCCAGUCACCAGAAUGCCUCGCUCCGUCCCUCGAGGAGCACCAAGUCCGCUAGCAAUGCACGGCCAAGUGUGAGCACCGCUGCCGUCCCUGCGCGACCUACAUAUGGACUCGAGCAGCAGCAGUACAGGCCACAAGUGUCGCACAGCGCCACUGCCCCAUCCUAUCAACGCCCGACGCCGGCGUACACUAGCAGCUCGCAACAGAGCAUCUUCGGCGGCCAGCAUGGAAUCCGAGAAGCACCGGUGGCACCUCAACCGCCUCCCGUGUCCUCGAGCAGCAGCCGGUCUGUACCUCCGCCGUCGGCCAAUCCCUUCUCGAGCAGCACACCAAGCCUGAAUCACCUGGGGCUCCCAGGCACUAUGGGCCCACAGAUCAGUCAGAAUCCCAUGCAGAUGCACAUGCCCGGUGCGUUUCCUGGCGAGUCUACCGUCCCAUAUCGACGGCCGACGGACCUGACAACCCAGUUGUCCAUGUCCAACUCCAACAUUUCCAUGGACCACUUCUCUAGUGACAACAUUUGGGAUUCUGAAGGGGAUAGCGCGUCCUGCUUGUCAACCAGCACAAAUGCUACGAGUGUUGCGUCGGACGUAACGGAGAAAGGCGAGACCUACAACAUCACGCCAACCCAGACAUCAUCCUCGUCCAGGACAACAACUCCUACACAGGCGUUGGGACAAGAACAGCCCCAGUCCCGUUCGGUUACCCAGAGUCAUCGUCCAUCUAUCCUUCGCCACACGGCACCAAAGUCCAUCUUGUCCAAUGGAAGCAAAGAGUCUUCAACUUCAUCAUCGACCAAGACUAUGUCAAGCAACCAAUCUGCCAAGACGUACACCGAAACGAGCUCCUCGUCUGCGAGGAACAGCUCCGGAAGUGCACCUCACAUCCAUAUCGAGGUCAAUCGGUCUGGGGACUCGCGCGAGCAUCGUGAGCACCGUGAGCACCGCGACGACCUCCGGAAGCGCCAGCUGGUCGAGGAGGCACUGGUGGACAAGAUCGCCCAGCUCAAGCUCGAGCAGAAUCAGGCCAAGGACGCCAAGCCCGCCCCGGCCCCAACGCCCGUGGCCAUCAAGCGUGUGCCCUCGGUGAGAUUCGCGGAGCCGGAGAAGGUCAAAGUCAGGGUGGAGGAGAAGCCAGCUGCACUUACCCUCUCCCAGCAGGAGAAGAACCUCAGCAAGGAGCUCGUCCAGCAGACCAAGGAGGUCCAGAAGCUGGAGCUGGAGAUUCAAAAAAGCAAGCUGCAGGUCAAGGAGAAGGAGAGGGUCGAGCUAGAGAAGAGACUGAAGGAAGAGGCCGCCGAGCUAGAACGCAAGAAGGAACACGAGCGACAGCUGAAGCAGCUCCAGAAGGAGAAGACCGAGCUCGAGAACGCCAGCAAGGAGCGCGAGAGAGCCGAGAAAGAGCGCGAGAAGGCGGCCAAGGAGCGCGAGAAGGCUACCAAGGAACGUGAGAAGGCCGAAAAGGAGCGCGAGAAGGAGCGCGAGAAGACUCGACAGAAAGAGCGGCAGCAGAUGGACAAGAAGCUCAGCGACAUCGAGAAGGCUCAAAAGGAGCACGACAAGCUCCAGGAGUCGUUCAUUGACCAGGGCAAGAUUCUGUCGGACCUCAAGACGCGGUUCGACGCACAAGCCAAGACACUGGAGGCGACCGAGGCGGAGCGCGCGGGCCUGCAGAAGAUCAAGGACGAGUUCGAGAAGCGCUGCUCCGACCUGUCCAAAACGCUCAGCCACGUCAGUGAUAAGGAGCGCUUCGUUGUCGAGCAGGUCGCGUCGCUCCAGAUCAUCAAGGAGUCGCUGCAGGGCCGUGUGGGUCCGCUUGAGGCGCGCGUUGAUGAGCAGGAGAAGGAGAUUGGCGCGUUGCAUGGUGAGCGCGACGGGCUUUACCAGGACGUCAAGGGCUACCUCCUUCGUAUCACCGAGCUUGAGAACGGGAUGAAGGGGCUUGUUGAGGAGAAGCACGGGUUCAUCGUACAGAUCGGUGAGCUAGAGAAGGCUAAGUCCGGCCUCGAGGACAAGGUCAAGGAGCGUGACGGGCAGAUCACCAGCUUGACUAGCAACCUCGAAGCACGCGCCAAGGAGACACAGGAACAUAUUGCUUCCCUGAGAGAGGAGCACAAGAAGCAGGUGGAUGGUCUCGAAGCUGCAAAGGACGCCUUGCUUGCUGGCCUCACUGUUAAGCACCAGCUUCAAGUUCAAGACAUGGAAGAACAGAUUGCCGUCCUCAAUGUCCACAUCGACGGCGCACACGCAGAUGUCGACAAGUUCAAAGACACCAUCAAGAUCUUGGAGGACAGUCUUACCGAGGAGAAAGCCAAGGUCGACGAAGAAAAGUCAAAGACUGGAGCAGAACAGGCUAGAGCCGACACAAUGUCCUCAGAGCGAGACACUCUUCUGACGCAGCUCGACGGCCACAAACUCCUCGCCGUCAACCAGGAGAAGGACCUGCUCGAUCUUCGCACCAAGCUUGCAGACUCAGAGGGCGAGGUGUCCAAGCUGCAAGAGAAGAGCAAGACUCUCGAAGCGGAGCACGAGGAGCUCCAGAAGCUGGCCGCAUCCCUUGAAGAGAAGAAGGCUGAGUCAGAGCCCACGCCCACCGAGCCGCCGCCGGCGCCUGCGCCUGCGCCCGAGGAUCCCGCGCCCGAGCCUACCGGCGUCGAGACCAAGACCGCCGACUCCGAAGCACAAGCAGCAGCCACCAAGACGGAGCUGGAGGGCCUACAGACCCAGAACCAGGAGCUGACAACCAAGACCGCCGACCUAGAAGCCAAGAACGCGGAGCUCGCGACGCAGGUCGAGGCCACGAAAACCGAGCUGGGCGAGCGCAUCACCCAGCUCGAAGGCGAGCGCGACACGGCGGCCUCGGCCCUAGUCGUGGCCCAAGUCGAGCUGAGCCACACGAAAGCCAUCGCAGACCGCGUCCCGGCGCUCGAGGAGGAGGCAUCCAAGGUCCCAACCCUCACGGCCGAGAAGGCCGGCCUCGAGGCACAGGUAGCGGACCUCGAGGCGCACGCGGCCCAAAUCCCCGCGCUGCGCGGCGAGUGCGCCCGCCUGGCGGAGCAGCUCGCCGCGGCGAACAAGCUGAUCGAGGGCCUCGCGGCGGCGCAGGAGGCUGGGCUCAACAGCGGCGUGAGUGGCUACGCAAACAUCCCGCUGCCGCAGUCGCCACCGCCCACCGAUGCUCCCAGCCCUCAGCCUGCCGAUAUUCCCAUCCCGCCAAGCCCAGGUCUCGCGGGUCCCAUCCCGCCGCCGCCGCCGCCCUCUGAGCGCCGCAAGGUUCGCAGUCGGGCGCCCAGCAUGGCGCGGAGCGUGUCGUCGCGUAGCUCCGCUGUCUCCAAGAAGUCUUCGGCUGGAGUGCGGGACGACCUUGCGCUUGUGGUUGUUCGGGACUCCAAGGACCGCGGGAGCGUGACUGUUGUGCGGAAGUGUGACUUGAGGACUCCGCGCAGUCGGAGCCAGGGGCCUGUGAAAGAGUAA